AUGUAUGGAUCGCCUAUGCUUGCCAGUCGAAUUUCCGUUGCAUGCGGAAGAUUUACCAAAACUUCUUUCAUUAAAGCCACAGCCGGAAAAGCCAAAAAUCUUGUAAUAAAGGAUCUUCACGACUUUUCACGCAGGAAUAAACAGGAUGAACAAAUCGAUUUCCUUUAUGGCUUAUCUGUGGUCAUACCGGCGCUUGAACAGAGACGUCGCAAACUUUACCGUCUAUUCUACCAUGAAGUAAUUGAUUUUCGCAAAAAGUCUGGAAACUCCCUGGACAAGAUCAUUUCACUGGCAAAUGAAGCCAAGGUGCCAGUCGUGAAGGCAACCAAAUGGGAAUUGAACGAAUUGGUGGAAAACCGACCGCAUCAGGGAGUGGUCCUAAAAGCUUCGAGGAUCACGCCAUUAAACAUUACAUGCCUUGGUAAGCCUACCGACGAGAGUUAUCAACUCAUCCAAUCGAAUGAAUCGAUAAUCAAUAUCAGCAUUUCAUCAAGUGAAAAGUGGCCUCUCUGGCUUGCAUUGGACCAAGUUGUUGACCCACAGGUCGGUUGA